AUGGAGCCUGGAGGCGAGGCAGGUUCCGGCGAGGACCGCCGCGCGCUGCAGGUCGACAAUGCUAUUCGCGCGAUCAAGGAGAAGAAGCCUCUUCCCGAGAUCGACUUUACUAUCCAUACCAUGGAGGAUGGCACUCAGGUGAAUACUAUGGAGCGUGUCUGCAAAGAUGUCCAAGCCCCAGCUACUUCCGUCCCGACCGAUGAACAAUUUUUCGAAGACGAGACUCGAACCAAGCCAAACAUCACUUUCCUCAAGCAACACUUUUAUCGAGAAGGCCGUUUGACGGAGGAACAAGCCCUAUGGAUCAUUCAAAAGGGUACCGAGGUUCUACGAAGCGAGCCCAACCUUUUAGAAAUGGAUGCUCCCAUUACUGUUUGUGGUGAUGUCCACGGCCAGUACUACGAUUUGAUGAAGCUGUUUGAAGUUGGCGGCGACCCUGCCGAGACUCGAUACCUUUUCCUCGGCGACUAUGUGGACAGAGGCUACUUCAGUCUUGAAUGUGUUCUCUACCUUUGGUCUCUCAAAAUUCACUACCCUAAGACGCUGUGGCUUCUACGAGGAAACCACGAGUGCCGCCAUUUGACCGACUACUUCACCUUCAAACUCGAAUGCAAGCACAAGUACUCGGAAAACAUAUACGACGCGUGCAUUGAGUCCUUCUGCUCCCUUCCCCUUGCCGCUGUUAUGAACAAGCAAUUCCUCUGUAUUCAUGGCGGUCUCAGCCCUGAGCUUCAUACCCUUGAUGACAUUCGCAACAUUGAUCGUUUCCGAGAGCCCCCAACUUCAGGUCUCAUGUGCGAUAUCCUUUGGGCUGAUCCUCUUGAAGACUUUGGUCAAGAGAAGACAAGUGAAUACUUCCUGCACAACCAUGUCCGAGGAUGCUCGUACUUCUUUUCCUACCCCGCAGCCUGCGCCUUUCUGGAGAAGAAUAACCUCCUCUCUGUCAUUCGAGCUCAUGAAGCCCAGGAUGCUGGUUACAGAAUGUAUCGCAAAACACGCACAACCGGUUUCCCUAGUGUUAUGACCAUCUUCUCUGCUCCCAAUUACUUGGACGUUUACAACAACAAGGCUGCUGUUCUCAAAUACGAGAAUAACGUCAUGAACAUUCGCCAGUUCAAUUGCACACCCCAUCCUUACUGGCUGCCGAACUUCAUGGAUGUAUUCACCUGGUCCCUGCCAUUCGUGGGAGAGAAGAUCACUGACAUGCUUCUUGCGAUUUUGGGCACUUGCUCAGAGGAGGAGCUCAAAGAAGAAACUCCAUCAUCCGUCUCACCUGGAUCUCUUGCUUCUCCCACUGGCACGGGUGAUAUUGAUGACCCUCAAUCCAUCGAAUAUAAGCGACGAGCAAUCAAGAACAAAGUUCUCGCCAUUGGCCGCAUGUCAAGGGUCUUCCAAGUUUUGCGCGAAGAAUCUGAGAAGGUCACCGAGCUUAAGACCGUCUCUGGUGGGCGCCUUCCUGCUGGCACUCUGAUGCUUGGGGGUGAAGGUAUCAAGGAAGCUAUUAAGAGUUUCGAGGAUGCCAGGAAGGUGGAUCUGCAGAACGAACGCCUACCUCCAUCUCACGAAGAGGUAGCCAAGGUUCAGGAGGAAGAAAGAGCGCAGGCGCUCCAAAAGGCUGCUCAUGAGGCAGAGAACGAUAAGAAUUUGCAGCAGCUUUCCCGAAGACUGAGCACUAGGGAUCGUAAGAGCCGGCAACCUUCUGCCUCAUAG